AUGGAAGUGAAGCAAGUCCAGUACACGCAGACCAACCAUGCGGAGCGAAUACUGCGGCUCGAGAAGCGGAAUGCGGACGACUCAGCGCUGAAGUCGGUAUGGAAUUCGCCCUUUCCCGGCGUGCUUGCGGGCACACCGCAGCAAGGACCUGUGCAAAUCCCGCACAAUGAAAUGUUCGAGGAUUUGGACGAGCAGGGUGAGCAGCUGCUCGGCUCUCUGCACCUGGGCCCGGCGGAAGAGGAGCCUGUCCGGCGCGGCGCCGCCUCUCGGGCAAAUAGCGUUCGCUUCGACGAGAGCGCCCUGCACGGUUCGAGCUGGGGUGGGCAGAGCAACCGACACUCGGGUGAUUUUGGCCCCAUUCGUCCAGGCAGCGGCCUCCUGAUGGAGCGGUCCCUGUCCCACAAGUCGGACGGCAGGCACAGCUCGGCAGGGCAUUCAGUACAUUCUCACCAUUCCGUCGCCUCGGGCCGCGCGAGCAGCCUCGGGCUAGACAUCAACGAUGAUGACGACUCGUCAUUCGACAUACCCGCUCCCCCGGUGUCGCUCUACGUGCUGGGAACCGUUCCGUCCAUCAUUCGCUGCUGGCUGACUACCCACUACGCGCACGACACACUCCUGUAUGCCGAUGUAUGCACGGGGUCGCAAAAGUCGAUUGUUGACUACUCGCUUCUGAAGGAAUUGGACCUGUUGGACGAGGUGGAUCACGACAUGAACGGUGUCAGUCACGCCAGACUGAACGUUUACUUGGCUGAAGCAGUCGUCACACAGCACAACAGCAGGAAUGGCACGCCCGGUGGCUCCGUUCCGUCCAUGACGGUUCUCUUCGAGGUCGUCGGUAGCGAGAACGCAUCUCAGUCGGGCGAGCAGAAGCGGAUCCGCAUCUACAUUGGCAGCGACGCUCUCAGAGCUCACUCGGCCGACGUGCUACUGUCACAGAACAAGAUGGCCCUUUACGGGAGCGAGCGCGACCGCUUGCAGGUGCCGUUCGUUCGCCCAGAAGACGAGAACAUGUUUCGCCACAUCUGCACUGCAAACAUGGCGCCUGAGAAGCCCAGGCUCAACGCCAAUGCCACUCCAUUUGUUGCGGGCGAUGGUCACCCGGCGACCAGUGAAGUGGUGAGCAACGGCGCGCGCGCAGUGCGUCAAGAAGUGAUCGCGCGCCCGCGGUCUUCGGGGAGCGACUCCCGUCCGGACCCUCACAAGCCCGCCACGGUUAGCGGGGCAUCUGACGCCGGCGGCGAGAGCGACAAGACGGGGCGGGAUGCCGCCGACGCCACCGACUCGGAGCAUGGGGGCAAAGACGGAUCGAACACAUCGGAGACGUCUCGUCGCGAGUCUUCGACGUCGACAGGCAUUUGGGGGUCCUGGCGGCAGGGCGCAGGCGCCGGGCCGGACGGCUCGCAGCGAGAGACGGGGCCUCUCAGCGGGUAUCAGCCCGCCGCGCGCAGCAGUCGCAACAUGAAGGUUCUCAAGCCGCUCAAGUCAAGCUCCACCUCUGCCCGGACUGGCGCUUCCUAUGAACCUCCCUUGCCGCCUAAGUCGGUCGAGACGCGCCGCAAGAGCCAGGUCAGCAUCAGCGGUGAUGUCGCAAGCCCUGCCAACGGGACGAACCGAUGGGAUGCGAAGCGCGCUGUCAGCUCCGGCACCGACCCCAAGAGCCAGACGAGCAAUCGAGAGUCCAACAGGAAUUCUGCAACGCUGCCAAGAUCGGCGAACCCCGUUGGCGUGGCCUCAGCCUUUUCGUGGAUGACGCCUUCGACCAAGACGACGCCGUCAAAAGCCCCAGCGGAAAGCGGUCAGUGA